AAAAGUUACCCUGCGAGACUGCUCGGGGUGCGGCAAUGGGCAAAAAAAUGAAGCGGAACCUUAUCCGCCGCGAAACGGCGCGAACGGAGCCUGGCGGCGGAAACACCGAAGACGAGGCCGGUGCAUUUAGGCCUCCUGUAGCAGAAGUUGUGGGGACAGCGCGCAAGAAACGGGAUCGUAAUGUUGUGGCCCUUUCUGCCAUCGUAGUUCCUGAUCCGAAGCAUUUCCAGAUAUACGCACGCCUAUCUACAGAGUGCGUAACUGAGGGGAAGGAGCUCUCGAAGUGUAUCAAACGACAAAGGGAGAGAGAGGGCGGGUACUUACCGCUCUUCGCGUCCCGUCAAACAGCAGCAAGAGAGGCUUCGGCGAUCUCCAACGCCAAAGUGCGAGAACCCUCCACGAAGGCUAUCGCAAAGCGCAGGGGCGAGAGCGUGCCGCGAACAAUAACGGCCAAACAUUGCGAGCUAUGAAAGCCCCCACCGCAAAGACUCCUCCCCCUCUCCACCGGCUCGCGAAAGCGGUGGGCGUCGGCGAACGCAGAUCCCGCCCUCGCGCUCCGCCCAUGCCCCGCCACGAGAGCCGCGGCAAUAACGAAGAGCGCGCUGUCGGACUGGCCGAGGAUAGCCGCUCGAUGAGGGACGCGGUCGAGCUGAGCCUCCAGAGCUGUCGUGCCGCGGUGGCCGGCAACGAGCCGCGGUUCCUGCCCGUGGUCGGAAGCGGCGCAACCAGCACCGGUGCCAGGCCUUUCCGGCCGCCGAGCAGCGUCACGGUGAGCGGCGUGGCCACCAAUGCUACAGCGUUGGCCACACCUUACGAACUGGCCGCGAGGACGCAUCAGGAGUCUUCGCUGUCAAUGACGACGUCCAAGUCCGGCAAGUCUUCCAAGACUUGCUCGUCCAAGGCGAAAAGCAAGGAGGACACGCCGAGGCCCGCAAGUGACGGCAAGGCUCCACCGGUGAAGCCGCCUUACUCUUACAUCGCCCUGAUCACCAUGGCGAUCCUGCAGAGCCCCGAGAAGCGCUUGACACUCUCCGGAAUCUGCGAGUUCAUUCGGAACCGGUUCCCCUUCUACCGGGACAAGUAUCCCAUGUGGCAGAAUUCGAUACGGCACAACCUUUCGCUCAACGACUGUUUCGUGAAAAUCCCCCGUGAGCCCGGCAACCCCGGGAAGGGAAACUACUGGACGCUGGACCCGGCCAGCGAAGACAUGUUCGACAACGGCAGCUUCCUGAGACGCCGCAAGCGAUACAAGCGCCAGCCACCGGACCCGCUCGGUGACGGUUUCUUCUUCGGAGAUCUGCUCAGGCACCAUCCUCUCUUUCCUGGCGCGGCGGGGCUGGUUCCACCGAUUCCCUACCAGCACCAGCAAGCAUUCCUACCUCUGCCCGUUCACCAUCCGGCUCUGCACGUGCUGCCACCAUUGCCUCCGGUGCCACCAGUACCGCCCAUGGUGCUCGGCGGAGAGCGACGCAGCAGCAAACCGCCGGCGGUGUCGUCGCCAUCGAGUUUCAGCAUCGACAGCAUCAUGGGAACGAAGCACCAACAGCCUCGUCUCGAUGACGUUGGAGUGCUUACAGGAUUUUGCAGACCUUGCCUGCAGCCAUGGCCCCCUCGAUGAUUUGUCCGAAGCACACUCGAAAGAAGCUAUAUCCUGGCAAAGCCGUGCCGUGCCGCUCUGCUCGUCACUCACGACGCUUUCAAUGCAACUCUUCAGUUCGAAGAUUCUGUCAGGGCUCUCUCGCUGGCUGCUGCACGUUCACUCAGCAAUUAAGGACCUACGUGUGAAGCCUGAUGGUGGCUUGCACGGAGAGCCACCUCAAUGCAACGCGUGAUGACAGUGCGGUUUCAGCUGAUACCAACCUUGCGGGAGGGUCCCACUGGAAGGACAACCGUUCUGCGCGGGGCAACAAACUUUUCUUAAGGAUGACCUUGAGAGACACCUCUUGCCGUUGGCGGUGCGUGGUUGCUUAUUGUCGCCGCGGACCGUGACGUCGUUUCGUGGGGCUUCGCACUACAGCCCCUCGCACCAUCCGGCCCCGGACACGUCCUGAAGAGUAAGUCCCUUGGCGAAGACUUUGCUGAACUUUGGCGACAGGAAGCGUGUGCUUCGAACUGGAACUAUACUUCGCGGGAGCUGUGUAGCUUACAGACGGCAUCCUUCUCUGCUGUAAAUACAGUUUGCGCGCGCGCAUAGGUGUAAAUAAGUUUUCCAUUGUCGCUGAUCUGCCAAGUUAUACUGUAUACUCCGUGGUGAAUGAAUGUACCUCCUUUAAUGAACAUUUUGUAUGCAUUAUUGGCUGCUGCUAGAAGGUAGGGAACAAUGUAAACAAGUGCGGAUUCUCAAACUAUGUUAGAAAUGUGUUCCCGCAUCCGUGUUACUUUCAGAGGACAGCGGUAACAAUAUAUGGCGAACCCAACGUUACGUGAACCGGGACUAUGUGCUAAUUUUUCUUUCUUCGUUUUUCUGGCGAGUCCAUGAAAUUACUGUCAGUAGAAAUCACCGAGUGUAUUCUGCUAUAGGCGUCAUCUAGAGAGAAUAUAGUUUCCAAAAAUACUAUUACUAUGUUACAAAAUAUUGUUUCCGUGAACAAGACUGCCUCUGUAAAAUAAAGAUUGUACGUUCUCACGAAAUAUGCCUUGUUUUUCUGCGUACCGCAGUUUGCGUUCUUCUAGAAAAAAGUACAGCAGGGGCGACAUUUCACAAAAU